GCGCGCCGUCACUCUCAUAUCACUCCCGAGACUCGAGACCUGACGUACGUGAUCCACGGCGGCAUCGUACGAGCGAGGAGAAGUUGCGUGCGUGCAUGGCGACGGCGGAAUCGGAGAUCUACCGGCUGCCGGAGGAGUGCGUGGCGUACGCCAUCUCGCUGACGACUCCCGGCGACGCGUGCCACUCGUCCGCGGUGUCGCCGGCCUUCAGGGCCGCCGCGGACUCCAACGCCGUCUGGGCGCGGUUCCUGCCGCCCGACCACGCCGACGUCCUGGCGCGCGCCGACGAGCCGGUCGCCGCCGUCGGCGGCGCAUCCAAGAAGGAGCUCUUUUCCAGCCUCUGCGACAGCCCCGUCCUCCUCGACGGCGCCACCAUGAGCUUUGGGCUGGACAGGCAGAGCGGCGCCAAGUGCUUCAUGCUGUCGGCGAGGGCGCUCAGCAUUGCGUGGGGAGACGAUCCUUCGUGCUGGACCUGGACCGCCAGCCCACCAGGAUCCAGGUUCCCGGAGGUGGCGGAGCUCGUGGACGUGUGCUGGCUGGAGAUCAGCGGGAAGCUCAGCCUGUCGCUGCUGACUCCGGGGACGACCUACGCCGCCUACCUCGUCUUCGCCAUGGCCGACGACGCGUACGGCCUGGAGUGCCACGUCGGGAUGCCGCCGCCCAAGGCCACGGUCACCGUCUCCUCCGGCGGCGGGACGACGACCAGCAGCAACAAGACGCCCACGCCGGCGCCGGCGCCGACGGUGGCGGAGCACGCCAUCUGCCUGCACCACAUGCAGGGGGAGGAGGAGGCGGCCGCGCACCGGCGGAAGCAGCAGUACGUGCGCCUCCGCAGGGGUUACGGGAUCGGCGGCGGCGGUGCCCGGAAGACGACGGUGCUGACGACGACGCGGGAGGCCGACCCUGACAUCAGGUGCCCCCGGCGGAGGGGCGACGGGUGGGCCGAGGUCGAGAUGGGCGAGUUCACCGUGGCGGGCGACGAGGGCGACGCGGCGGUGGUGGAGGUGACGGUGCAGGAGGUGGAUAGCCGCCGGUGGAAGAGGGGACUCGUCGUGCUGGGCAUCGAGAUCAGGCCCAAGCAGCACACGGCCGGCGGCAUGCUAGCGCUAUAGCUGCAGUGGAAUUCAUCUCUCUUUUUUUAAUUUAUUUAUCUCUAGGGACAAAUUAAUUAACAAGCGUCGAUCAAUUAGGUCCAGACAGGAACAGCUGCUAGACGAUGUGCCAUCAGGGUAGAGCUUUCGAACCUGUUUCUUUUCUGGACAGACAGCGUGCAUGCAAAUGCAAUUUUAAAAUGACCGUCCAUUUAAUAAGCUUCUCUGAUUAA